UUUUCUAAGUAGAUGGAUAAUUGUCGUUUGAGUCUUGGAGAGUUAGUAAUAUAUUUAAUUAUUUACAGUUCAUGUUUGCAAAAAUCUCCGAAUUUAGGGAUACAUUUGGAUGAAACCAAUUUGCAAUUCUCCGUGCACUGACCUCGCUAAGGGCUUCUUCCGCUUCCGUUAAAGGGAUUUUUUUUUUUCAAUUGUUCGGGGUUUUGUGAGAUUUUUUAUGCGAUUUUCGUUAUGAUUGAGGGUUUUGGGAUAGAGGAGUUCUUUUCUGAGUUACAGAAUCACUCGAUUCCUGCCGGUGGAACUGAUUUACAUAGUUGUUUGAGAAUUUAGCAUUUGUGCAACUCCUUGGCCUCUAAUUUAUAGUUGAUAAAAAGUGUUAUCUUCUCUGAGCUUGCAGAAUGCGUCCCUUGAUUAUAUUUGCUUAAGGCAAGCACUGGAUUUCUUGAUAAAAGAACAGAACCUUCAACAUAUAAGUAGGUGGAGAACUGUGUUAUUUGAUGGAUCAUUCGAUUUCCAGAGAUAGUGAGCAUGAAGUAGAUCUUGAAAGUGGAGGGACAACUAGUGAAGAGGAUGGAACAUAUGAUCUUGUUUCAGCAAAUAGACAAACCAAGAAACUUUUAAAUAGUGAUUGGAGUGGGCCUUUAAGUUUUGAUGGAUUGGGGAAUUCUUCAAAAUUUGGUGGUGAUGCUGAUGAGAAUGUGGAGUUCUUGCUAGACAGGAAUUCAGAAGGAGAAGAUGGUCUACAACAAAUUCCCUUUGUGAAUAAAAAGCAUCUGGAACAGAAAAAGAAGAAGAAGAACUCUAGAAAGGCUCCCAAGCCGCCCCGGCCUCCUAAAGGUCCACUAUUGGAUGCUGCUGACCAGAAGUUGGUGCAGGAAAUCACCGAGCUUGCUAUGAGAAAACGUGCCAGGAUUGAACGAAUCAGAGUACUAAAAAAGAUGAGAGAAGCAAAAUCAUCGUCUUGGAACAGCACCCUAUACGCCAUGGCCUUCACUGUUGUCUUCUUCCUUAUCCUCGUCUUUCAAGGUAUCUUUGGAUGUGCAGGUGGAGAGUCCAUGUCAAUGCAAGUGCAUGAAUCAAUUGGCAGAGUGUUCUUGGCUAAUGUGGUUAUUUCUCUUGAUGGGAUUCCUUUUAGCCAUAAUCAGAAUACAAGAGUUGAGUUGAGACUCUUGGUCAUUGAAUUUUUCUUACUAAUGCUUAAUCAAAACAUUAUCUGGUGACCCUCAAAAGGCACAUUAUGUGUAAAGUGCAUUUUAGAUUAAUCUUAAGGGGUAACUUGCUCUAUGUUAAUCAAUUGUUGCCUAUUUCAUACCCUUCUCAAUCUUUUUGUUCUGAACUCUUUGGAUGUUGCUGUUAGUUUAUGUAGAAAAUUUUAGUGUAAUUUACAAUGUAAUCCCUAAUAUUUGGCUAAAACCACAGCUCAACCCUUGCUUUUUAAUGAGAAACAAUUUAAUCCUUGAGGUUUUUUUCUAUUAACAAAAUAGUUAUUUGUUAAAGUUCACUUUUAGAUUAAACAGAUUAGUCCUUACAUUUUAUUUUUUGUAACAGAUUAAUACUUGAAGUUUUAAUAUUUGUAAUUGUUUUAGAUCUAGGGAGUUCACGAUGUGCUUGGGGAGAAUCCUUCUUGAUGGGCAUUAUCACAUUUAUGGACUUGACAUCACUUUCAAUCCAGAACCUUAAGGCAAUGGGUUUAUUGGUCCUUCCUACUUAUGCGUCUUUCACUCACCUCAUCUUUUUGAUGUAGGAAUUUUCACUUGCAUAUGUAAACAUCGUCCCUCCAAGUGUCUCUUCCACAUUGGGCUUAUUGAGCCUGCUCCUCUUUGAUAGAAGUCUUUCUCUUAACUUGAGUAUUACUGUGUCACCAAGAUCAUAAUUACUCCUGCAAGCCACCUCAGCAUGCACCUCUAAGAGCCACACUAGGUCAUCACAUGUACUGCUUUUUCGAAAAAAAAAUAG